UCCAGCCUCAGACACGUCCUAGUUGUGAGUCAUUUAACCAAGGUGGCCGCCGUUUCGUCCUCUGUAAAAUGAGAAGGGAACAGUCAGGAUGGCAGAGGGGCUGCCCCAGAAAGAUGGCGGCUCAGAAACAGCCUGUGAGCCCCACCCGGGCUUUCAGCUGCUCCCUGAGCUCUCCAGGAGCCGCGGCUGCCCUGGUGGAAGCUGCAUCCACUGUGGCAGGCGCCGUGGGAAGGCUCUUCCCCAGCCCUGCUGUGCCCUCCAUCAGAAGCCUGUCAGAAUCUCCUUGAACCCACUUUCAAAAGCUGGUUGUUAAAUGUUCACUUUGGAAACCGGAAAAUGUUCCAAACGAGGGCCCUGGACACCGCCGCCCCGUUGAUGGCUGAGACUCAAAGUAAGGGAGAAACUGUCAGCGAUGCAAGUGGAACUCGGCACAGCAGCCUGCAUUGUGCCGGCACAGUUGUGGUUGUUAAACUGCCCACUAUUAACGCCCUCCCUCGGAUCCUGUUGGAUUUAUACUGUGGGCUUAGUUCAGGCAAACCUUCCUGUGAAAGAAACUUGGAGGCCCUGGAACUGACCUGCACACAAGGCCAGGAGGCCCUUUUGGAGAGAAUGUGGGGGCAGAAAUUUCUUGCCUUGCCCCCCCGCCCUAAGUGGCUUCUGGAGGACGUGGUCUGUGUCCCAUCAUUCAAGCUGGAGGAGCUGUGAGCUGCCUCUCUCUGGCCGCCAAUGAGAAAUGGAGGAUCAACCCUUUGUGCCCUUCAACAUUUGGAAGAAAUAUAUGGAGAAAUGUGGAGUAGCUUUACCAUCCUCUUAAUUCAUUCUGGUGGCUACAGUCAACGCCUCCCCAAUGCAAGUGCCCUGGGAAAAAUUUUUACAGCUCUACCUCUGGGUGAUCCCAUUUACCAGAUGCUGGAGUUAAAACUGGCCAUGUACAUUGAUUUCCCCUCCCAUAUGAGUCCUGGAAUUUUGGUGACCUGUGCAGAUGACAUAGAACUUUACAGUGUUAGAGAAACUGAUAUCCUGAGGUUCGAUAAGCCUGGCUUCACAGCUUUGGCUCAUCCUUCUGACUUGAUCAUUGGUACAACACACGGGGUUUUUGUGCUAGAACAUUCAGAUGACUCAGAAUGUGGAGACCUCGAGUACAGGACUUGCCAUCGUUUCCUGCAUAAGCCCAGCGUACAGGAGAUGUAUCAGGCCAGUGCUGUAAGAAAGAGGAAUCCUUCCCCAGAGAACUUUGCAUCCGGGGACCUCAGCGCUCAGAACUUGCACUCUGAUAUUGUCUACACAGACAGCCUGUUUUACAUGGAUCAUAAUUCAGCCAAAAAGUUACUGGCCUUUUAUCAACAACUCGGGGCCCUGACCUGUGAAAUCGAUGCCUACGGAGACUUCCUGCAAGCCCUAGGCCCUGGCGCCACAGUGGCAUAUACCAGGAAUACUGCCAACGUGACCAGAGAAGAGUCUGAGUUGGUCGGGAUAAGGGAGAAGAUCUUCCAUCUCCUCCAAGGGAUGCCUCUCAAUGUCAUCACUCUCAACAACUCCAAAUUCUGUCACAUUGGCACAACGCAGGAGUAUUUGUAUCAUUUCACCUCAGAUAGGAAUCUGAAAUCUGAGCUUGGCUUAUUCUCCAAAGCUGUCAGCAUCUUUCCAGGGGGCUCUGAAUGCUCCAAUGAAACCACUUGUGUCAUUCAAAGCAUAGUAGAAUCAAAGUGUUCUUUGGCCCCAGGCUCAGUGGUCGAAUAUUCCUGGCUGGGACCCGAUGUCACAGUUGGAGGCAACAGCAUCAUUAGUGGCUGUCAUGUUGUCUCAAAGGCCACAGUUCCUCCCAGUUCUUUCCUGUGUACUCUAAGCUUAAAGGUGAAUGGGCGCUUGGUAUACGCCACUAUGGCGUAUGGGGUAGACGACAAGCUGAAACAGAAUGUAAAGGUACUGUCAGACCUCCAUUCCCUGCAGUUUUGUGGCCUGGAAUUUCUGGCAUGCUUAGAUCUCUGGGGCCUGAAAAUUACUGAAGAUCUAUUCUCCGGCAACAAAAGCAGCCUGAGUUUGUGGACUGCUCGGAUCUUCCCAGUAUGUCCAUCUCCGAAUGAUUCUGUGGGGGCCUCCUUGAGGCUGCUGGAGGCUGUGAGGAGCAGGUCGCCAUUUCAUCUGACCAGCUAUGAACUCUUGUCCAUUGAAGAAAUGCUCUUCUACAAAGAUGUGGAAGACAUGAUGAAAUGGAGGGAGCACCUUUCUGAAGAAAUCGGUUUACAGCGGUGCCAAGCAGAUGUGUAAAAGUCACUUUGGGGAAUGCUGUACUCACGUUCAGUUUAAGCAACCUUGCUUUCAAGGUUGCAGAGCCUAGGAAUUAUGUCUAUUUUUUCUUUGUUUCACUGAAGUAGAAAUAAUGAAAUUGCAUUAGCAGUGUCAUUGUAGCAUAACAUUAAUAAUGCAAAAAUACAGAUAAACCGUUCUUUUGAUGAAGGAAUUAAUGAAAUAUUUCAAACCUCCAAGUACAGAAAGAGACAGAUUUUCUGAGAACAUUCAUUACUCUUUAGGGAGCUUUUUGAAGAAGAAUUUAACAACUAUGAACAUAUUAACUAGGACAUUCAUGGAAACAAUAUUAAAAAAAUCAAACCUAGUAGUCAUUUCAGCAGUGUGGUCUGGCAUACAGUAAAAGAGUAUUUUAUUUGGUAUUUUCCUUUUAGAAAGGAUUUAGGAUUUGUAUGACAUUAUUUUGGCUAAAUAAUAUCACAAAUAGUUUUAAAUGUAAUUUUCCUCAAAGCGUAAAUGAGGGCUGGAAGAAAUAAGGCAACUUUAGAGGUUCUUCUGUUGCCUACAAAGGGCAUUGUUCUUUUAGUCCAAUAAAAGCUCGAGAUAAUUUAUUUAAUCCCACCCUGAAAAGUAAUUCCCUUGAGAUGAACUAAUCAAAAUAUCAUCUCUUUAGGCCCAUUCGAUCCUCAAGAACCUUCUUAAUAACCUUUUCUCCUUAGAAAUAAAGCUGUAGCUAGCAAAUUCAAAUUAAAUUAAUGCUCAACAAUCAGAAGUUGUUUUAAAGUCAGAAUUAGCUCAGAGUCUUAGUGGUUCAGCAUUCAAGAAAAAAAAAAGGAAAAUUUUAUCAUUGUGUUUGUUUAGUUUUUCCAAAUCUCAAUUAAGAGACUAUUUUAUCCUACCCAGAUGGAAAGGGAUGGCAUUUAUGUGCUCGUAUGUAUUUUGAAUCGAUGAUUUUGUUCAAUCUCUGGGAAAUCUCUGUUAUAUACACUCCAUGAAAGAUGAUGCUAAGGGAUGAUGGGUAAUUAGAAUGUCCUGAUCAUCAGCUAACAUAAAUCUAUCCAUUUGUUUCAUCUUUUAUUACUAUACUGUGUAAUACAAAUGUUGAGUUACAAGAUACUUCAUUUGACUUGUCCACACUGGGGAAACUGCCAAUCAGUGAUAAAAUCGGAGGAAAUCAGCAGGAAAGAAAGAGCGAUCUGGGUAAGAUACAGAAGAAAAACAUUAAUGAAAAUAAGAUUGGGUUGUGAGCUCAGGUUGGUUGGGUGUCCUAUUGAAACAUAUCAAGCUUUUGUAUCAAGUGGUAGGCAAAUUUGUUGUGAUUUUUAAUUGCUAUGAAUAAACCCAAGUAAUAAAUUCAUAUAUGCCCUGAUGUCUUCAUCAGUGCACAACAGUUGCUCAACCAGCAACAUUUUUUACACAGUUAAAAAAAUAGUACCUGUCAAUAGCACUUCUCCUUGGCAGAAGGGGAGAAACAAGUCAGGACUUACAGACUUUGGCCCCUGACCUCACCCCCAGCUCCUCACCUGUCUACCAUCCAGGCAGCAGUAACACAGUAGUCCUAGUUUUCCUUCCUUUCUUUGCAGUGGCCCAGAAGAACUCAUAACCUCCAUCCUGUUCAGCUGUGCUUGCUGUCCAUGAAUUGUUAACUUCAAGCAGGGCCCAAAAUAGCUUCCUGCCUGUUCUCUGAUGUUGUUCCGCUCUCUGACCUGUCCAUGGACACGAAGGCCAUCCCCUGUGCUUGGAACAUGCUCCUCCAUCUUCCCUGCCCACUGAGAUUUUGCUUAUCUUUCAAGGGCUGGCCUAGGUCCCAACUAUCUCCUCCAUUACAGCUGGCCCAGUCUUCCAAGCUUCAUCUUUUUCCUCCCUCACAUUUUCCUGAAGCAUGUUGGUUGUUCUCGCCUAUGCUCUUGUCACGCAAACUACUGCAGGUCAUAUUUAUUGUGUGCUUGACAUCCCUCCAAAUUUAUGCAUUACACCAAGUUGGAAGGGAAAGAUCACACUCUAGAGCAGAUUUAGGAUUUGAAAAGACAGGCUGGAAAAUGGGGCCAAAUCAAAUAAGAAAUUGGAUUGGUGACGAAGAGGAUGGCUCACACUUUCAGAAAUCCAGGCAUCACAGAGUGUCAGAAUUUUUAGGGACCUCAGUGUCCAUCUAGUCUGCCUCGUACCAGAAAAACAAUCCCCUCUAUAACCUAUGUGACAGUUGGUCAUCCUGCCAUUGAUUGAAGAUAUUCAGGGAAAUGGAGCCACUCACUACCUCCUCAGGCAUUACCUUCCAUGCUGGACAAGCUUUAGAAUUAGUAUUGAUUAAAUAGCAAAAAUGGACCAGAAAAAAAAACACGAGCUAUAUGUGGCCAGUUGGCUAUUUAAGCUACCUCCUCUGCAAGCAGGCGGAGCCACUCACCCUCCUGAGUCCCUGGUUCCAAGUAAAAGGGCCAACUUCCUGUCCUCCAUCAUAAUGUUCCUUUCCCAAGCAGCUCUGAUUGGAGGGCUCGGACCUCAUUCUAGACAAGACGAGGCUUCCUAACAGCAGGACUUGAGGAUGAGUGCAGAGGGCAUGUUUCCCAGCAUAGUGGCUAGCUAAGAAAGAACUUGUCUCCACCCUACCAGUUUUAACCAAACACAAAAAAUGUAGACACCUGGAGAAGACUCCACCGGUGACCUCGGGGAAAUACAGUUUGCAUUUUAGCCUUCAAAAUCAAUAGCUUUUUACCUUUGAAGUCAAAAGGUUGUUUGGGGGGCCAAAAUGGGGUACAAAUAAAUAUUAACUUUCCACA